GAAGAAACAUUAACAGGAAGUGAAAAUGGUCGGUUUCAUUUCACCGGGGGUGGGACUCUUCAAGUUUUUACUUAAUUCCGCGUUCCGAGUUUUUGAUUAUUUACUUAAAUUAACGUAAUUAUACUCAAAGCAAGUAAUGCUAAUGUAUGUUAAAAAAAAUACUUGACCCAAACAAAUGCCGAUUAAAAAGUGACGCAGUAGUAAAGCGGACUAAACAUCCCUCUACUGCAAUGGUUCGUUCCAGCUUUUGGCCUCAUUUUUAAAAGUCACUUGAACCGAAGAAUAUCGUCGAACUACGUGACGCCACCGGAUAUAAACGAAGACAGAUACAGUGACUGAAGAGGAGUACUGGAAACUACUCCCGGGUUGUGUUUGGAGCUGACAUGUCCUCCCAGAUCCGCCUGAGGAUUCUGCCCAGCAUCCGCUGCCUCUUUGACAAGCGAGUCCAGGUGAAAGUUGAAGGACUUUCUCCUCACAGAAACAUAGAGUUAAGGUCCAAGCUGGUGGACGACAGAGGGGUGGUCUUCAAGGCCUUGGCUAAGUACAGAGCUGACCCCAGCGGUCAGGUGGAUGUGAGUCGCUCGGCCUCUCUGGGUGGAAGCUACACUGGCGUGGAGCCCAUGGGAUGGCUGUGGUCCAUGGCUCCCGAGACCCCACACAGCAAACUUCUGAAGAAGAACGUGCUCACUCCGACACUGGUGGAGUUGGAAGCUCUGAGCGCUGAGACGGGGGAGGUGCUGGUGCGUGAGACCCACGAGAGAGGGUACAUGAUGGAGGGGAUGAUGAGGGUCCCGCUGAAGGAAGGGAGAAUCCGAGGAGUCCUCUUCAUCCCGCCGGGAAAAGGCCCGUUUCCUGGGAUAGUGGACCUGUACACGCUGGGUGGUGGGCUGUGUGAGCCCAGAGCCAGCAUGUUGGCCAACAAAGGCUUCGUAGUUCUGGCCUUGGCGUUUUACGGCUACCAGGAUUUACCCAAGGAGAUCAAGCAUCUGGAUCUGGAAUAUUUUGAAGAAGCUGUAACGUACCUGAGGUCACAUCCAGAGGUGAGAGGACCGGGUGUCGGCAUCGUCUCCCUCUCUCAGAGCGGCACUCUGGCCAUGGCCAUGUCGUCCUUUCUGCCCGACAUCUCGGCCACAGUUUGCAUCAACAGCUGCAACGCCAACACUGUGUUCCCGCUGCACUACAAAGACCUGGUCAUCCCUCCCCUCAUGCCCAUCCUGUCCAACGUUGCCAUCACAGACAGCGGCCUGCUGGACAUACGCGACUGCACGCCGGACCCUUCUCUGGAGGAAAACCACGCCUCUGUGAUCCCGAUCCAGCGAGCCACCGGCCACUUCCUGUUCGCUUUCUCCGAAGCCGACCGCAACUGGAACAGCGCCUUCUUCGGGCGGCAGGCUGCAGCACACCUGAAGAGCCACGGGAAAGACAACUUCAAGGUCGUUUCUUACGCUAAGGCCGGGCACUUUCUAGAGUACCCUCACCUGCCGUACUGCCCGACCACCAUGCACGCAGCGGUGGGGAGUGUGGUGCGGUUCGGGGGGGAGCCGAAAGCCCAUGCAGAUGCUCAGCUAGACCUUUGGGAGCAGAUGGAACACUUUUUUAAGAAGCAUUUGAGCCCCAAGAGCAAUUUAUAAGUGUGUGUCCAGAGAGUGUCACCACUGUUCUGAUACAAUUAACAACACAAAUUCUACAUCCUGAUAAUGUUCUCUAUUAAUGACAGUGAUGAGUCACAGAUGAUUGUUGUCGUUUACGGUUUGUGUGUCAUUAUCCUCCGUGUUCAGGGAGUGAUGCCAGAUACAGCUUUCAUGAGAGACAUCUUUGGAUUGAAACAUUUUUUUGGUUCCUUAAAGUGUCAAAACAUUGGUGCUCAAGAGGCGGCCGUUUGACUUGCAAUAUCAGUGAGCACGUCGACAUGCUUUCACAGAUCUCCGUUAUAUUGAAAGUGCCUCACGUUGCCUCUUACCUUGGCGAUCAGACCCACUGAGUGUUGCGCCGUCGUGACCUCUCAAAAUCAAAGUAUUGCUUGAGAAUGGUGCUGUGAAAUCGAAUCAGAAUCAGGAGGACAGCUUCAAAUAGAACUAGCUCUAAGAGGUUGGCGGUGAGAGGCGUUUGGAUCUCAGAGUGGAACUCACACUUACAUGAAUAAUAAAAAAUGAA